AUGUCGACUUUAUUUCCUGAAGUAAAACCUGUCCAACGUCAAGACUGGCACCUCACAAGUUCAGGGGUGGCCCAUCAAUAUCGGGCACCAUUAGGGACCCAGUUUCCGAACGCAAGCUUACAGCCGAGGGUUAACGAGCCACUGCCUCUAUCAUUGCUCCAACCUGACGAAAUGACCAGGUACAAGAUGCACACAACGACCACAGGGACGUUCCAUGAUAGGAAAUUCGUACCGCAGCAACUGAGGCAACCGUAUUAUGAAGGUUUGAAAUACGACCGUUUUCAUAACAUAAAAGAUUUGUCAGAGAAGCUCGGUCCAGGCAGUUGGCGCCGUCCACUGUCCAUGGGGUAUGAAAAAAGCGAGACUCAGGAUGAAUUUGUCGCCAGAAAAGGAAUCAGAGAGCAUUAUUAUUUUGAUGACAUCUUCAAAAACCGACCAUUUCUUCUCAACGAUCAUCUCCAAGAUGGACCAACAAAGUAUGGAAGCGCAUCGACGAUAAAUCCAAAAUUGAGUGGCAAAAUUAUUGAUCCAAUGAACAUGGGUAUUUUGGAUAUGAAUGAGCCUUACUUGACCACAUAUCGGAUUGUCCAUCGUCCUUUCACACCACAGGAAAAGGACUUUAGCAAAAAUGCCUCAGUUGACAAGGAAUUUCUGAAGAAUCCUGUUGCCAGAACACUCCAGCCGAUGAGGGACGUCGUCAAAUUCAAAUUUCACACAAUCAUUCCACCAUUGUCAAAAACCCUUUCUUCUUCUUCUUCUUCUUCUUCUUCUUCUUCUUCUUCAAUUCUUCUUCUUCUUCAAAUCCUUGCGUUUGAAUAA